AAGUAAGUUUAAGCUUAAGAUAGAUCAUAUUUCGGUUAUGUAGUGUGGAAGAAAAGAGGUGCACAUCCAGAGAGUGUUAUUAAUGUGUUGCAGUACGUUGCAUCAGUAGUUGAGGAUGAGAACCUGUAUCAAUCACAAUUAAGACUAUAUAUUUAGAUGAUACCCACAGUAGCUCACAGAGUGGGACAUUUCUGAUACCUUUGUAAGCAGUGUUCUGUUACAAUCGGAUAAAGAACUGGUAGCACUUCCUGAGAUCUUGAUAACUGGCUUACAGUGUGAAAUCCAAAAUCAACGUGGCAUAUUAUCAGGCAGUAUCCACACUCUGAACAGUGUCAGUGCUCCAUGACAUCCAAAAUGUGAACUUCACUAGUUCUUGAUUUGAAGCUCAAGAGGUUCAACGCUUAUAUAUGUAAAGGAAGUGUCUCGGCCUUUGCUAUAGCAUAUGGACAGAGUUGUAAAUUUGGUUGAAAUGAAGUAGAAAUGACGUCCGUGAUGAAUUUGUCAACACCAGAAGGGAGGGAUUCUGUUGAGGCCUGGAACAAUGGCUCUUCAUCUGAAAAUGGAGCUACUGAAGAGGGAAAUUUCUGGUACCAGUAUAAAGCCCUCAUCAUUCGUAAUUUUACUAUCAAGGCUAGAGACCGCCGAAGGACUAUAACAGAAUUUCUCAUGCCCUUAUAUUGGAUUGCAAUUUUGGCAAUUGUAAGGCUUACAACUGGAAGCACUACAUUUGAUCCUGUGCUGACACCACAAGGAACAGGUUCUCUCACUGAGAUACUGGCAGCAAGGCUAAAUGGAGGUACACUAUUUGUGACUCCUGAAAAUGAUAAGGUAAAAGAAAUAAUGGACAAUGUACAGCAUAUAGCCAGUGAAUAUUCCACAUCUCUUUAUAUGCAGUACUACAGCACAGAAACAGAUUUGAUAGAUGAAUUUAAGCAGAACAUGUCAGUGGAUGCAGCUGUAGUGUUUCCAGAUAAUCCAAAUGUCAAUAGUUCCUACGUACUUCGUUUCAAUGUUCUGAAGCAUUAUUUGCCGUCGCCAUAUAGUAGAUGGGCUGGAAGGCAGGAGUGCAGAGAGUUGAAUCCACCAUUUGGGUUACAGUUAGGAGGAUGUUCCCCAAAUAACUAUUAUUUCUCUGGAUUUUCAUCUCUUCAGUUACUGAUUGAUACUGCAUUGAUAAGGAUGAAGACUAGUGUGAAGGAUGUAUCCCUACCAAAAAUUAGUCUGCAGAAUUUCCCCAAAGGAACUUUUACUAGUGAUGGGACUACAGUGCUCCGCAGUAUUGUCCCUCUGUACAUGGUAUUUGCAUGGGCCCAAUUCAUAAUAUACAUGAUGAUGCUGGUUGUCGAUGAGAAAGAGAAGAAGAUUAAGGAAGGCAUGAAGAUGAUGGGCUUGAGAGAUUCUGUGUACUGGCUCUCAUGGUUUUCCGUGUACUUCAUGUAUGUGUUACUGCUAGCUGUGAUCUGCAUCAUAGUCCUGCCGCUUGCAAGAGUCUUCGUCCAUGCCAACCUAUUCCUUCUGUUCUUACUCUUCAUAUUAUAUGGGUCAUCAUCCAUUGUUUUUGCUCUGAUGUUGACUCCUUUCUUCGACAAGGCAAAGGUGGCUGGAGUGGUGGGGAACCUACUACAAGUGGCUAUGAGUCUUUUGUACUACCUUCAAGUUUUUCUUGAAGAUGACAUGGGUCAAGGGACCUUCUGGGCCCUUGGACUUCUCUCUCCAUGUGCCUUCUCCCUUGCUUUAGAUAAGGUGAUUCUCUUUGACUCCAGUAGUGAAGGGCUGAACUUCAGUAAUAUAUGGGAAGGUCCAGGUCUCCCAUUUGCAGGAAGUUUGAUAAUGAUCUCAAUAGAUAUUUGCCUCUACCUCUUCUUGGCCUUCUAUCUUGACAAUGUCCUGCCAAGUGAAUAUGGGACAAAACGAAAACCCUGGUUCAUUUUUGAAAAGUCCUUUUGGUUCCCCAGUCACAGGAACUAUCAGAUGAGCAGCUUGACAUCCUCAAACAACCUUGGUUUUGACACUGAGGAGAUCGAACCUAACCCUGAUCUGGAGCCCGUAGCAAAGGAGUUAAAAAUGAAAGCGGCUGUUCGCAUCAGAAAUCUGAAGAAGACCUUCCAUCCCAAGGGCAAAGAUCCUAUUCAUGCCGUUAAUGGUAUAAGUCUAGAUGUUUACGAGGGACAAAUUACCGCUAUCCUGGGUCAUAAUGGUGCAGGAAAGACAACUCUGUUUAACAUCCUCACCGGAAUGACAGCGCCAACAGGGGGCAUGGCAUCCAUCUUUGGCAUGGACAUUAGUGAUCCUAAUGACUUGGUUGACAUUCGGCGAAUAACAGGUGUCUGUCCCCAGCAUGACAUCAUCUUCUUAAACUUAACUCCUAGGGAACAUCUCAGCUUUUAUGCUCGCAUUAGGGGUAUACCUUCCAAUAAGGUUGGGGAAACUGUGGAGGAGACAUUGAAGGAAGUGGAUCUCUCUAGUAAAGGUGACACCAAGGCUGUGGAACUCUCAGGUGGACAGAAGAGGAAAUUGUCAAUAGGAAUAGCUUUGAUUGGAGACCCAAAGCUUGUAUUUUUGGAUGAGCCAACAGCUGGGGUUGAUGCUUACUCUCGCAGGAAGCUUUGGAAUUUGUUGAAGAACAGGAAAGAAGGCAAGGUAAUUUUACUGACAACUCAUUUUAUGGAUGAAGCAGACAUCUUAGCUGAUCGGAAGGCUAUUGUUUCAAAAGGGAAGCUGCGUUGUUGUGGAUCAUCUCUGUUCCUGAAAAACAAGUUUGGCCUGGGAUAUCACUUGACGUUAGUUGUGUCGGAUGAUUGUGAUACAAAUAAUGUCCAGAACAUUGUGCAAUCUGUCUCCAGCAAUGCACAACUAAUGAGGCAUUAUGGAAAAGAAAUGUCCUUCCUGUUACCAUCUGAUUCAACAGAGUCUUUUCCAACGCUAUUCCUAAACUUGGAUGAGCAUAUGAAUGCAGAAGGGAAUUCUACUAUAGAAGGCUAUGGCAUCUCCAUGACAACUCUGGAAGAGGUUUUCUUGACUUUAAGUGAAGAAAAUGAAAGUGCAGGAGAGCAGUCUCUGGACGACAUUAGCCAGAUGGUUAGAGAGAAACUAACCUCAUCCUCACCUCAGCAUUCAGCUUCACCUGUGAACUCCAGUGCCCAAAAUGGCCAAGUAACAGAUAACAAUCAACAAGGCUUUGCACUUAAUGCUGUUGAAGUCAGGCCAGAUCCAUGGAGAACCUACAAGGCCAUGAUAAAGGUUCGAUUUAUUGGCUUGUUACGAGAAAAGUGGGCCAUGUUCUUCUUGAUAGUUUUUCCACUUGGGCUAACCAUUGGUGCAAUUGCUGUUUUAGACACACAGCAAGUACAGGCACCUAUAGAUGAGCUGUUGAAUAUUAACGCAGGGACAUAUUAUAGAGAGUUGUCCGGUGCGCUUAUACAAAAUAACACAAAACAUACAUUGACACAUCUAGAGAACACUCUCAGUUCAGCAGGAAUCUCCUCAGCUCCAUAUGAUGGAAAUUUCACAUCAAUAUAUAACCUCAGACCCCAUUUCACUGCCUUGGAUAUUAGCCAUUUUCCAGAAGACAAGAUAAGUGAUCCAGCAUCAUUGAAUGUGAGAUUCAAUGAUUCUUACGUCCAUGCAAUACCCAUCAUGGUGAAUCUUCUUAGCAAUGCCAUACUCAGCAUCUCUGGGAACCCUGACCAAAUCUCUGUUGCUACUCAUAACCUGCCAAGUUUCCAGAGCUUGCCAAGUUUUGACACAUCAACCUUCUUUGCCCCAAUGAUGAUUGGUUUUGUGUACACGCUUAUCCCAGCUGCUCUUGGCAUUGAGAUUGUUAAUGACCGAGAGAUUGGAGCAAGAAACUUAUUAAGACUGAAUGGACUUAGCUUUAACCAGUACUUCUCCUCUUUCAUAACUGUUAUUGCAACUGUAUUUAUGCUUCCAUACAUAAGCCUUCUGAUCAUCAUUGCUGCCUUUGGUGUUCCAUCACUGAUAAUUGGACCAGCUUUUGGUGCCAUUGCCCUACUUUAUUUACUCUAUAUACCAGUAGCCUUUCUGUAUAGUUCGGUAUUCGGUUACAUAUUCGACAAAAUGGAAACGGCCAGGCAGUUCUACCCAAACAUGGCUACAACACUGGGCUUCUUGUCAUACACUGUUGUCUCUAUUGUGGAUAUGGUUGUAGGAACUCAGACAGACAACAAUCCAGCCCCAAUUAUACAUAUAAUUUUAGCUAUACUCAUACCUCAUUACAUACCUUUCGGUCUCCUGUAUUAUGUUAAUAAGAUAUACCUCCUGUGCUUCAUUCAAAAUACCUGCGAUGGACUCACAGUUAGUGAUUACAUGACCACUGAGAUCGUUGUUUUAUUUGUGGUGGUUAUUGUCGAUAUUCCAUUCUACUACAUCCUGCUGCGGGUAGCGGACACACUGAAGAUGGGAGGCAAUUGGCGUGAUGCACUGUGGAUAUCUAAAAGGGAGACAGUGGACUACAGAAACCUUGAGGAAACAGGUAUCGAUGCCCCAGCAGGAGAAGAUGACGAUGUUCAGGAAGAACGUAAUGAUGUUGCUGCCUACCUCACUAAUGGUGGUCCUGCUCCUCCUGUGUUGUUAUAUGAUCUCGGCAAAGUGUACAACAAAGGAGGCAAGAAAGCUUGUGGUAAAAAGAAAGAAGAUAAAGAGUUUGUUGCAGUAAAAAGUGUGUCACUGAGUGUACGAGAAGGCCAAGUCUUUGGAUUACUGGGACCCAAUGGGGCUGGAAAGACAACAACUCUUCGUGUUUUGACAGCAGAAGAGGCCCCGACGAAAGGAAGAGUACAAAUAUGUGGUGAUGACAUCCAGUCUGGUCUUUCUAAUGUCUUCCAGAAGUUGGGCUAUUGUGCUCAACAUGAUGUACUCUGGAAAAAUAUUACUGUUGCUGAGCACAUUGCCUGUUAUGCAGAAAUCAGAGGUGUUCAUCCAGAUCAGAUCCAACCAUUAGUGGAUAUGUACCUGAAAGGCCUAGAAAUUGAAGAACACAGAGACAAGCAGAGCAAAGACUGCUCUGGAGGCACAAAACGGAAGUUGAGUUAUAUCAUCAGCAUGCUAGGUCAGCCAAAGGUUGUUCUCAUGGAUGAACCAUCAACUGGAAUGGACCCUCAAUCAAAGAGGUUCCUAUGGAAUUCUAUCUUAGCGUCCUUUAAGGGGAAUAGGAGUGCUAUUCUAACUACUCAUUCCAUGGAAGAAGCAGAUGCACUUUGUUCCAGAAUUGCUAUACAAGUGUGUGGGGGUUUAAGGUGUAUAGGAUCUGUUCAGCAUCUUAAGAAUAAGUAUGGUGGAGGAUAUACUCUUGAAGUCAAGCUUCAGAAGCAGGAAACAUGUACUAUGUCUGUAAAUGGUGAAAGCCCCACCCAUACCUCAUUGGAUGAGAAUGUCGUGACAGAAACCAAAAAUAUUAUUAUGAAUAGUUUCCCAAAUGCUGAGUUAGAUGAAGAAUUUGGGGAGUUACUACACUACAAGAUUCCUCAGUCUGAUAUCAAGAGUCUGGCCAAUUCAUUUGCUGUACUGGAAAAGGCUAAAGGUGAUGGACUCAUCAGUGAAUAUGCACUGAGUCAGACAACCCUCGAGCAAGUGUUUUUGCAGUUUGCACGUCAGCAAGAAGAGGAUGUUGAAAAGGGUGAAGAGAAGUAAACAAAACGUACGGGAAUAUUUAUUUAGGGAAAAUGAUACAUGUCUUUGUUUUAUAUAUUUUUUUCAGGCGAGAGUAAUUGAUUUGCUAGGAUGUAUUUCCUAUUUGUUUUUUAGAACACUGUGAUAUAUGAUUCUCUACAAGGCACAGAUAAGUAAUAAUUGUGUGAUUUUGAUGAUGCAGAACAUUAUCUUAGAGUGACAAAUAUAAAGGUUGUAUUGCAUGUCAAUUUUUGUAAUGGAUGCUUGAGUUUGGUAUUUUUGUAAUGAAUGCUUGUGUUUGCCAUUUUGGAAAUGAAUGCUUGUGUUUGCCAUUUUGGAAAUGAAUGCUUGUUUUUGCUAAGAUUCACAUGGCUUAUAGUUUAUAAGAAUAAUGUAAUUUUUAUGCUAAAUGCUUAGUUUAUAUAAAGUGUUUACCUCUGGAAUUGGGACUGAGUAUUGUGUAUUAUGUUAAGUAACAGGGCAUGAAAAUGAGACAAACAAAGUCUUUCUUGACAUGAAGAUGAAUACUUAUGGCACUUGCUAAAUACAGGCACAACACUGCUUUUUAAGUAAUGAUAGCUCCAGAAUUGUAUUGGAUAGUUCAUUUUGUCUCGCACUCCACUUAUACAGUAUCUUUUCCAUAACACUUGUAUCUUACUGACAUCAGUAAGGGUCUUAUGUUUAUAUUCAGUGCCACUAUUAAUAAUUUCACUUAACCACAAGCAAGAAUUUAUGUAAGCCUAAGUGGCUAUGAUUUCUACCGUAUCAUUAAUAACUGUAGUGUAACAAUGAGAUUCUGUUUCUGUAAUUGGAUAUAGGAUAUUCAGGAGAACGCUUAUGGUCCGGAUUAUGCUAUCACACAGCAAUCAAUCAUUUCCCCAUGGCCCGUAAUUUGGAAUAGCUGAGAUAUUUAACCCAAUGGCGCCAGGUGUACAAAACAAAAAAAAAACUCUACACUUAAACAAACAAAGGCGGCGACUUUGAGCGCGUGAGUAGGGGACAUCAGCCCGAAUCACUGGCUCACCACGCUUUGGCGUGCCGCCGGCUCGUUCGGCUGCACGCCAGCUUUCAAGCACUUUGUUUACACGCCGAUCGGCGUCACCCGGCACCAAGGGGUUAACAAAGAUAUGGAGGAGUCAGUUACUAUGAUCAA